AUGGCGGCCGCUGCGGAGGAGCUGGAGGAGCAGGAGCUCGAGGAAACAGAAGCGGAGGAGUCGGAAGAGCUCAUCUCUGGCGACGAAGAGGGGGGCGAUGACGACGGCGACGAUGAUGAGGAUGAAGACGAUGACGAUGAGGACGACGAUGACGACGAGUCGGAGUCGUCCUUUGACGAAAUGAGCGUUGGAGUCGCACUCGGGCUGCCCAAACGACAGAACCGCGGAAAAAAGUACACGCAACUGGUGGGCGAGGAGUUGGAGAAGGACCAGCAGUUCUGGGGCCACAACACGUGGGAGGAAGAGGCCGUCGACGAGGACUACAACUGCAGUGAGGGGGAGGAGCAGUACGCGUACUCCACCGACUCCGACUUCGACGACCCCGAAACAGAUAAAUCGGACGAAGAGGUCGACGAAUCGCAAUUCAAGGAAAAGAAGAAGCGCAAGUAUGGCUCUUACGUGGAUCCUGCGCUGCAGCGCAGCAAACUCGCCCGCAAAACCCUGGACAAGCAAAAUGCUGAAAAAAGUCGCGGCGACGAGAGUGAACGGACUCGGCGGCAAUCGCUGCAGGGCCCCGAACCGGGCGCAGACCGCUCCGUCAGGGCCUCCACCAAGUGGAAGACGGAGAUCACCAACAAAAUGGAGCGCAUUCGCGGCAGCAGCAAGCAGGCGGGCGGCGCGGGCGCGCAAAAAAAGACGCCGAAGAAGCGGAGCAGCAUGACGCAGGAACAGCUCAUGGCCAACGCCCUCCAAACGGAGGCGGCGAACGCACGCUCGCUGGCGAACCUGCAGGCAUGGGAGGACGAGAAGAAGUACUACGAGGACAUCAAGAAGUGGAACUACAAGGGCAGCUACGACAUCUGGGUGUGCUGGAACUCCCUGCUGUCCAUCGUCACCAAGAACAACGAGGCCGAGCAGGACGCGCAGCCCAGCCCCUCUAGUCACGUGACGGAGAAGCCACUCAAACUGUACAUGUUCACCAGCGGGAAGCUCCCCGAGUUCUACACCCAGCAGGAGGAGGCGCGACGGCGGCGAGACUUGGCGAAACAGCCUCUAUGUGCCAUCACAGGCAAGCCGGCGCGAUAUGUCGACCCUCUCACAAGGCACUACUACAGCGACGAGGACGCGUACAACGCCAUCCGGAUGGACCACGCCGACCGCGAGAACCAGCAAAUGGCGGCCGAGCUCGACCACUUAGAAGAGAUGUUAGAAACCCUGUACGAUACCGAAUAA